GCGUCUUAAGCGACGAUGCGCUCAGUAAGCAAAAGGGGCGGGGAAGGCGGAGGUUCGCGUUGCACAAGAGGAGAGGAUGGCAGAGGCCUCUGCGCAGCAGCCCCCGUGAGAGCAAACCGCAGCUGCCUCUCGUCUGGUGCACAUGUGCCCACUCCCAGCCCUGCGCCCCAUCAGCACGCUAUGAGCAGAGGUGUCACUCGCGGCAGAGGUUCAGAUCAGGCACCCCCAAAACAUAGCGACCUCUCUAACCCAGCUUUCUUUAACGGUCCUCUUGUCCCGCAGGGAGGCGAGGAUUUUCGGCAGCAGCAGGUCCUCUUCCUAAACGGGCAGCUCGCCGAAGCCCCACUGUGGCAGCCCCGGGCGCAGCGACCCCAACUGUACCAGGGCUACCGCCGAGGUCCAGUCACCUCCUCCCCUCCCCAGAGCUCCCAGCACAGCAGUUGGGGCACAGCCAGGAGGCUUCCCUGCAACAGUAGCUGGCAGGAACAGAAGCAGCCUCCCCAGCCCCCCCGGCCGAGGUACAGCGGCAGUUCAAGGAGGGAAGUUGACGGGCUCAUCACAGGAAUACGGCACCUGGCGGUCUCUGGCCAAGGAGUUGAACAACGGCUCUUGGAGAUCCUGGGGCAGCUCCGACCUGGGGAGGCCGAAUCUGCUCGCUGUCUUGCCCGUAAACUCGAAGUGCAGAAGAAGGAGGUCAACCAUCACCUCUACAGGCUUCUUGCACGAGGCCAGUUGUGCAAAAUAGGGGAGCACCCUCCGUUGUGGAGGUUAGCAGACAGCCCUAGGCCCCAGGGAGCGUUGAGAGAAGGGAACCCCGCCAUCCAGAGGGGCCAGUGCAGACUCCCAGUUCCUGGGUUUGGAGGAGAAGGAGAGAGCUCUGCCUCUGACCCGGAGGACUAUCCCGAUUCCGCCGCCAUGGCCGAGGUCAGGGAGAAGAUCUGCAACUACCUGUUCAGCGUCACGGACUCGACGGCACACGACCUUGCCAAAAACAUCGGCCUCUCCAAGGCCCGGAACGUGAACUCCACCCUGCUGUCCUUGGAGAAGUUGGGGGAGGUGUGCAAGGAGAACGCCAACCCCCCCAAGUGGUCCCUCACUGACAACAAGCGCAAGAGGAUGCAGAACAAGCAGAAGGCGGAAGAGGUCAGGGAAAUGGCCACCCCUGCUCUAAAACCGGACUCCGAGCCUCCGACGCCAUGCGCGGAACCGGAGCUGCCAGCCAGUGUGCCAGCUCCUCCUCUUCCUUCCCCUUCCCCGCCUCCUCCUCCACCGCCGCCGCCGCCACUUCUAAAGAGUGACGAGGAUAACGUCGAGAACGGGCAGCAGGUGUCGUCGGAGCCAGCGGAGCAGGGAGACGCUUGUUCUCCCCGGGCGGCCCCCCCUCCUCGCAAGCGGCCCCGGUACCACUGGUUCCCCAACUACGACAACUUCGAGAACGGCAAGUGGGCCACUGACGACAUCCCGGAGGACCUGAAUGCCAUCAACAACCAGGACGAGGAGUCCCGGUGCAUCAUGGAAUCCCCCCUCUCCCCCAGCUACGCGGCCCAGUUCGACACAGCCUUCCUGUGCACUCCCUUGGAGAAGCUCAUGGCAUGCCAGAAGAAGAACCCCGUCAGCGGCUUGAUCGAGUACACCCAGUACACGUACCAGCAUUGUGAGUUCGUCUUGCUGAAGCAGAGCGGGCCGUCACACGAGCCACGGUUUAAAUUCCAGGCGGUGAUCGAUGGUCGCCGGUUCCCCCCAGCGGAAGCAGGCAGCAAGAAGUUGGCCAAGCAGGAAGCGGCUGCCCACGCCAUGAAGAUCCUCUUGCGCGAAGUCGAGCACGAAGGGGAGGACGGCAUGGAGGUGGAGAAAUCCUUAUAUGAGGACAGUUCUCUCAGCGAAGCAGAACUGCCUGAGCAGACGGAGUCAGAGUCUUUGUCUACAACGCCGCAGCUGAACGUGCUUUCUGGGAAGAACCCCGUCAGCGCCCUGAUGGAAUACGCACAGAAGUCGGGGAGCGUCUGCGAGUUCCAGCUGCUCUCUCAGGAUGGCCCUCCCCACGAUCCCAAGUUCAAGUACUGCGUGAAAGUGGGCGAACGUGUCUUCCCUGCUGUGGUAUCGAACAGCAAAAAGGGAGCGAAGCAGAUGGCCGCCGAGGCCGCCAUGAGGGGCCUCACUGGGGACGCCAGCAGCUUACCUGAACAGACAGAGGCCCAGGGCGACCAGCCUGUGGAUGUGCCUGGUGGCCAGCCUGCAAAUCUGGAAGACACAAAAGCCGCGAGUGCUAAGGGUGUCGGCGAGCUGAUUAAGUACCUGAACUCCAACCCAGUCAGUGGCCUCUUGGAGUACGCCCGGGCCAAUGGCUUUGCUGCUGAGUUCAAGCUGAUCAAUCAGACUGGGCCACCCCACGACCCUAAAUUCGUCUUCCAAGCCAAAGUGGGCGGCCGCUGGUUCCCAGCCGUCACGGCGCACAGCAAGAAGCAAGGCAAGCAGGAGGCUGCCGACGCGGCGCUCCGGGUUCUGAUCGGGGAGACUGAGAAGGCGGAGAACUCCGAAGGGCUGACCAUCACAGAGCUCCCCGUGAGCGGAAGCACGCUCCACGACCAGAUCGCUAUGCUGAGCCACCAGCGGUUCAACACCCUGACGGCACGCAUCCAGCACAGCUUGCUCGGGCGCAAGAUCCUGGCCGCCAUCAUCAUGAGGCGAGGGCAAGAGGGCCUGGGGGUCGUGGUGAGCAUUGGAACAGGGAAUCGCUGUGUGAAAGGGGAGGAGUUGAGCCUGAAAGGGGAGACGGUCAAUGACUGCCAUGCGGAGAUCAUUUCCAGGAGGGGUUUCAUAAGGUUCCUCUACACCGAGCUCAUGAAGUUUGACCCCUCGGCAUCCGAAGACAGCAUCUUCCAGCCCCUGGAGGAUGGCAAGUUGAAGAUCAAAGAUGACAUCACUUUUCACCUGUACAUCAGCACGGCGCCUUGUGGGGACGGGGCUCUCUUUGACAAAUCCUGCACGGACCAGGCCAACACAGUCGGGGAAGGCCAGCACCAGCCGCUCUUUGAGAAUCCCAAGCAGGGGAAGCUGCGCACAAAAGUUGAAAACGGGGAAGGCACUAUCCCAGUGGAAUCCAGCGACAUCGUGCCAACGUGGGACGGGAUCCAGCACGGCGAGCGUCUCCGCACCAUGUCCUGCAGCGACAAGAUCCUGCGCUGGAAUGUGCUGGGCCUACAGGGGGCGCUGCUCUCCCACUUCCUGCAGCCUGUUUAUCUCCGCUCAGUCACACUUGGCUACUUGUACAGUCAAGGUCACUUGACGCGUGCCAUCUGUUGCCGCAUGUCAAGAGACGGCAACACAUUCCAGUCCGGACUCCCUGAGCCGUAUAUUAUCAAUCAUCCGGAGGUUGGCAGAGUCAGCGUCUACGACUCCGCAAGGCAGACGGGGAAAACAAAGGAAUCCAGCGUCAACUGGUGCCUCCCCGAUGACUCUGAAGUCGAAGUCCUGGAUGGCACGAAAGGCAAAGUAGAUGGACCAAAACUGGACGUGUCCCGGGUCUCCAAGAGGAACCUGUUUGCACUCUUCCAAUCGCUCUGUGCCAAGAUGGAUCGCAAGGCCCUGCAGAAACUGACCGUGUACUCGGAGGCCAAGGAAGCGGCCCUCACGUACCAGAGUGCCAAGCGGCAAUUCUUCUGGGCCCUGCAGGAGAUGGGCUACGGGAGCUGGAUCUGCAAACCCCAAGAGGAGAAGACCUUUGGCCCGUCCGAAGUCUAGCAAGCUGUGCAUUUUUAUUAUUUUAUUUUACUUUUUUUUUUUGGCUGCGGGGGGAGGGGUGAAAGGAAAGGGGUAUUUUUUUUAUUAACAUAGGUUGUGUGUAUUCUUUUUUU